ACAACAUCGCAGUCCAGAGAGCACAUUUGUUUACUGCAGACUUGGAACUAUAGCAAAAUGGAGAAAUCCAGAAGCAGAUAUAUAGCAAGGAAAUUCUACUAUCUGUGGGCAAAAAAGACAUUUGGACAAGUUCUCCCUUCCAAAGCCAGAUGCUUUUAUGACCAGAAGAUUCUUCAAAAAACUUUUGGAGAGUGGAAGGAGUGGUGGACUGUUUGCAGAGAAAGGAAGCUCAGCUUUAGAGCAGACAGCCAUUACAGGCAUUUACUCCAUAAUUUGAUAUUCAAGGCUUGGAGAGCCUAUGUAUGCCAGCAACAAGGAAAGAGGAACAAAUAUCAUGUUGCAGAGUCUCAUGCAAAGAAGCAAAAAUUGCUCGGGACCUGGCGGCGCUGGCUGGUUUAUGUUGAUGUUCAAAGGACAAAACAUGGGAUGCAGUCUGUGGCACUGGCAUUCAGGGAAAGAAACUGUUUGCGCAUAUCGUGGGCAGUGUGGAGAAGACAACACUACCAGAACUGCACUGGACAUAAAAUGAAUAUUUUGGCUCUGCAGCAUUGGGCCCAGAGCCUGCAAUUUCGAGCUUGGUUGCAGUGGCGAGAGCUGUAUUUAUACAGCCAGAAUGACAAGCAGAAGGAGACUAGGGCAGUAACUCACCAUCGUCACUGGGAAUUGAAGAGAUGCAUGGAGGCAUGGCUGGGAUACUCAAACCUCCACAGAGCAAAGAAACUUCAGAAUGAGCUGGCCCAAGAGCAUCACCAAAGCAGGAUAGUCCGGCAAUGUUUCUCUGAUUGGUGGCUGUCAUGGGAGUGCAGGAGAAAAAUGCAUGCUCACCGAAAGGACAUUGAAAAACUAGCAGCAAGGAUUGCCUUAUGGAGAGUCUUUGCACACUGGAAGCAUUAUGUUGUACUGUGUGUGGAAGAGACUCGACAGUGUGAGCUCGCUGAAAAACACUACGAGCAUCAUCUGUUGAAACUUGGGUUUAAGGGUCUUUGGCAGAAUGUCAUGAAUGCUCGUCUUCAGCAAAUGAGAAAAAAUCUGUCAUAUCGUCAACAUCAAGUUACAGUGCUGCAGAAGUUCUGGAACUGUUGGAAGUCCCGUUUGGAACAGAGGGAGGAAGAACAGCAGCAGGCCUUAACGUCAGUGGCUCAUGCCCGUUAUAGGAGGAUGUUGAUGAGACAGGUAUUUGACACGUGGCUGCUGAACGCCUGCAAGCAGCAAGAAUACCGAAUGGGAGAGAAGAGGGCUGUACUUCACUUUGAAAGGCAACUAUUGCGUUGUUUCUGGUGCUUCUGGUGUAGAAGAACAGCUGCAUGUCUGGAGGAGCGAGAGGGCUUGGUUCGUGCAAGAGAUCACUACAGUAACCUGCUGCUGCUAAAGGCUUUCUGUCUGUGGAAGCAAAAUACUCAGGAGAGAAAAAGAGAGAGGCUCAAGGAGAUGCAAGCCUUAAGAUUUCACUGUUCAAACUGCCUGCAGCAGACUUGGAACAAGUGGAGGGAGUACGUGGGACAUCAGCGUGAGAAAUGGAGGAAGCUGGUGCAAGCAGACAAGCACUAUCAGUACACAUUACUGGGCAAGACCUUGGCAGCCUGGAAGAGUUACCAACAUAACAUACAGUGCAUUCUAUACCAAGUAGCUGAAAAGGAGAAACAGCACACUAGACUACUAUUGCGACAGCUUCUGUGUACAUGGAGAGAAAAUGUCCUUGCUCUUAUACGUGAAGCCAAGGCAACUACUCGGGCAGAUGAGCACUACAGAAGGGCAGUCCUGUCAAAGGUGUUGCUACAGUGGAGAUACACUGCCUUGCUACAAGUGUGUUGCCGUCAGCAGAAGGUGACAGCUGUGAUGGAGGCCAGAAAACAUUUGGAUAUAGUGCGUUUACAGACCCUGUUUCUUCACUGGAAGGAAUUAACUAGGGAGUCUCUGAUGCUGAGGGCUCAGCAGCACAGGGCAGUACAGCACCACCAGCAGCACCUACUCCAGAAGUACCUGGUGAAAUGGAAGAAAUAUCAUCAGCGGUGCCUUGGGAAAAUGCUACUACAGAGACAGGGAGAUCAGCUAAUGACUCGUAGACUUUGCUCUGCUUCCUUCUCUUGCUGGAAGGCACAGCUGUUGCAGCAGCGAUGGGAAAAGUGGAAGACAGUGCAAGCAUUGUGGCACUGGUCCCUUUCAUUGCAGAGAAAGGUAUUUGAUGCUUGGCUCAAAUUUGCCAAGGGGCAACAGCAGAAGAAAGAUCACAUUGAAAAAGCCACAGGAGUUUACCACACGACUCUUCUGAGAGAAGGUGUAACCCGGGUCUUGAGAUACACCGCUGGCAUGAAACAGUUGGGGGGACAGCUCCAAGCCCAGUGCCAGCUGAAGAAGCAAGUGACAUUUGAAAUGCCUGAUGUUAGCCCUGAGACAAGAAGACAUUCAGCAGAGGAAGAGCCAUGGCCUUCAAAAUGCAGUCGUCUACCAUUUCACCUUGCUGAUGGGGACUCAAUUCUCAGUGAUCUAAAUGCUAUUCGACGAGCAAGGUUACCACGAAGGCCUGACUUCCUUCUGGAAUCUCUAGAAAGCAACGAACUGCUGGGACCUCCUUUUACUAGACCAGAGGCACCCUUUCAGCAAACAUCUGUGAACAAAUGUUCUGUGCAAACUGGGAACUUAAUGCUAACACCUCAAGUGGAAGAAAGUACCUGUAAAUGUCUAUCUCAAAUGGGCAAUACCGCUCGUUCCUGUCCAUCUCUCAUACAUGCUGCUCUCCCGUCUGUACCACUGUGGACAAAUGAUGUGCACCGUGCUGUUCAGAGGCCAGAGCUGUGGUCUCCUUCAUCUUUCAUGCGCCGAAAGAAAGCUGGAGCAGAAAUGAGAGGAGGUCAGCCUGUGAGUGGUCACAAAGGAGCCCAUUCCCAAGACUCUCAACAGGACUCUGUGGAGAAGAAGUUGCGACCAAACUUGCAGCCACAUUUGCUGUCACCUGAAGACUUGGUGGGAAAACGGAGUCACCAAACUGCAGCUGAAGGGAAAGAAAGGGAGCAUGGUUCCAGAGAAGAAAUGGCGUUACAGAGAAGGCUGGAAGUUGAACUCCGACACAUCCAACAGCAGAUGCAGUACUACUUCAGCAGGAAGCAAGAACUUAAGUCCUGUCAGCAGCAGGCACAGAUUCUACAGAAGUGGCUAGAAAUGAGCAUGCAACCAGAGGACCAAGAUGGUGUACAAGGAGUUCAGGAAGAAUUGGAUCAGUUGCAGGUGAGGAUCAACACUCUCACCAAAGCACAACUAGAAGAGAGACAUCAUGUGCAGAACCUGGUUGCCCGCCUGCAUGAUAUCCAGAUUGCUCUGGAUAUAUAA